AUGACCUUCCAGGACCGCGGCCAGAGCGUCAGCUCACUGCUUGCACUCUUGCGGUCUGCGCAGGAUGGAGGUGGAGACGAAGACGAGGACGCAAAGGCGGGCCCGUCGUCGGCUGCGGCUUCCUCCGUUCCGAGCCGAAGCCAGCCUGCACAGGCUCCGCAACCCAUGCGUAACUCGCAGUUGAGCGCGCUACUUGCCCAGCUCGGCCCAUCCCUCCCGCAGUCGGCAGGCGCCGCGUCAUCCGCGCCCACGUCGGCGUCCACAUCUGGCUCAUCCACCGCCCAGAGCGUGCGGCGCUCGGGGUUCGCCGGCCCAUCGCAUAACAUCCUCGACCCAUUUGGUCCCGUCGUCCAGUCCCGCCCGUCUGAGCGCGUGUCCGAGGAGGCGGUCAAGAGCAAGGACAAGGGCAAGCGAAAGGCGGAUGAGAUGGAUGAGGGUGAUCGCGACGAAUGGAGCUUCACGCGCUGUCUCCCGGCCCUGACGGAGCUGCUGAGAGACGACGAGUUUGUCAAGGAGCUGCGUAAGAUGAAGAAGGACCAGGACACUGUCGAACGCCGCCUCUGGGCGCGCAUGGAGAAGAUCAAGGCCGACCAGACGGCCAAGCAGGCGCCAGACCGCCAAAUUGCCAAGAUUACGCGCAAGCCCGUCCCACCCGAGAAGGUUGCUCAAUGGGAACGCGAACUCAAGGCACUACUGCACGACCUCUUCGUGCGUCACGUGCUGCCCUCCCUCGACGGGUUGGAGGCGCGACAGACCGCCCGACUCGUCGAACUCGGUGUACCCGGACUCGGGGGGAAGGCAGACGCACGUAGAGUGCGCGUGCGCCGGAUUAUGGGCGUCCUGGAGGGCGCGCUGGACUAG